UUGAAAGGUGACCGGAAGUGCCAGUCUAUGGGCGUGUCAGUAGAUGCGGUUCUCAGAUCGCUGCGCUGCAGACUUUACAGACUGACUGACAAAAGGCCCGUAGGCUGAAACAUGAGGUCCGGUUCCGUGUGCUCCCUGCUGGUCCUGCUGCUGCCGUUAACAGCAACCACCACAAAAAGGCCACGGACACCAGUUCAUGGAACUGGAGGAGCUGGUAGUGACUUUAAACUGGAAGAUGCUUUGGACCCCAGCAAUGAUGACAACACAAAUAAGAACAAGAAGCAUGGAGGUGAAUUUUCUGACAGUGACCUAAGUGAUGUGAUUAAUGACAAAACUUACAAACCUGACAAAGGAAAAGGUGGAAAGCACAGUGAAGACACCAGUCAGAAUAAUCGUCAUGAUGAAAACAGUGGUACCCCUACAGAGGUGCUCACCAUUGCAGGAAUAAUUAGUGCAGUUGGCUUGGCACUGGUUAGUGCCAUCAGCAGCUACAUAACUUACCAGAAGAAGAAGUUAUGCUUCAGUAUUCAAC